CCUAAAAUAAAAAGGAAUAUGUAGAGGGGAAAAAUGAAGUGCAGCGAGCGACCGAGGCCACAAGACAAGUAUAGUAUGCAGGAGAGGAGAGAAGAGGAGAGUAGGAAGCGGCUAGAGCCAGAGAAGCCAAGAGCCGAGCCCCCCCGCGCGCGAAUGAACGAUUCAAUGCUCUCAUCACAUAACGGUUCCGAGAAACCGCACCCGUCUGAUUGCCCCAGUUCCUAACUCCUUCUCUCCUCCUUGUUUGUUUUGCCGGCUUCCUUUUUCCUACUCCUUUUUUUGUUACCCCAGAUGAAUUUUUUGGGUUUUGUUAUUUUUAGGGUUUCCUUGUUUUUUAUUUGAGAAUAGAAGAUGUUCGGUGUGUAUGAUCAAGAGCGUAACUCCUUGUACAUUGCUAAAAUAUUUUUCUUUCCAUUCUUUUGACAUUUGGUGCUAAUGGCUGCUGAUCAACAGAGAAAGCGGCUGAAUGGAGCCAGCAUUGCUGGCUGCAAUUUUAAAGACCAAUACAGAACAAAAAGGAAAAAACUUGACUCACUGCAAAAUGAUUUAAACACAAAAUCUUGUAUUUCGCUUGAAUGGGAUGGGAACCAAAAAAAAGUUGUUGCUAAAAGGGAUCAAAUUGGCUUAAGUUGGAGGCACUUGAGGCCAUUUACAGAUUCCACAAUACAUUACCACAGAGUUUUGGCGGAUGUUUUGACUCUUCCGCAUGAAAUUUUUGACUUAGAGAACCUGACAGAGGUGCUUUCUUAUGAGGUUUGGCAGACUCUUCUGUCUGAAAACGAGAGAAAUCAUCUGAUGCAGUUUCUUCCUACAGGAACUGACAAAGAGCAUGUUCUGCAAGCAUUGCUUGCUGGGGAUAACUUUCACUUUGGAAAUCCUUUUCUUAAAUGGGGUUCAUUACUUUGCUCGGGUUAUCUUCACCCUGAUGCUGUUAUUCAGGAGGAACAACAUUUAAAGGACGAGAAGAAAGCGUAUUACUCCGAGUUACAGGACUACCACAAUGAUAUUAUAGAUUAUUUGCAGAAAUUGAAGGUUAAAUGGGAAAGCUGCAAAGACCCAGAACAAGAAAUUGUGCAUAAGUUUUGGAGGUCAAGAAGGGCUAGUGAGAAAGGGAUUUUCUCACAUUCGAAUGAAUCUAAGCUUGUCAAUCUUGAGCAGGAUGCUACAGGUACUUCUGAAUCUUGUUCAUGGGCUGCGGAUGAGAGAGCAUGCAGUAGUGAUAACCAAAAUUCUUCUGUUGUGAAGGGAGGAGAACUACAGAGAAGAAUGUGCAAGAAAGGUUUCAUCAAGGACAAAGGUAGAGGUCUCUUGACUGCUCCGGAUCAUACACAGACCGUGGAAGCAAAACCCAGAAAGGGUGACAAGAUACGCAAGUGCAAUAUCCAGCAGAGUGAUGGUGCCAAAUACAUGUCAUAUGUUAAGAUUAGCAAGAAGCAACAUGAACUGAUUAAGAAUAUGAGGCAGUCUGGUAGAAGCAUUCAGUCUCGGUCUCUCAACCGUGUCUUAGGUGACAUUGAUAGCUUGCAUGUGCUACCAUAUGAUACAUUUGUGGAAGAAGAAAUGAGGAAUUUGCAUGAACAUUGGUUGAGAUUGGUGAAGGAAGAUCUCCCGGAAGCAUAUGCAAGCCGGAGAGAAAUACAAUUACAGAAACGGGAAAUAGCCAAGUUGCUGGAGCAGGAUAUAGAAGAAAAACUAAAUCGAGCAUUUGAGGAUGAAGUGGAGGAAGAUACUGAAAAGUUCCAUGAUCAGGAAGAUAAUGUUGGUAUAAAAUUGGAUGUUCAAGAUGUAGAGAAAGAGAUCCCUGAGAAGUUGCUUGAGGGUCAGAAGGAUGCUGAAGCAGCAGACAGGGAAUCCAGCAUGGAAGAGGAGUCUGUUCUGGCCUUACCGCAGAAUCAGUCCCCACAGCAGGUUUCUUCUAUUGAUAGUGGCAAUAUGCGCAAUUGUGAGGAGAUUGAGUCUGAAAACAAAGAGAAUCUCUUGAAAUCAGAUGUUGCUUUUUCAGAUCUAUCUGAGCGCUCAAAGAAUUUGAAAACUGCUGAUGCAACUGUUAAUCAGGAAGUUCAUGUCUCUUCUACAGAGAAUGUCUGGUCUGCAUAUAGCAUGCCACAAUCUUACCAUGAUUCAUCUGAGGGCCAUGACUACACAUCUUGUAGUGGAUUGCCACUUGCUCAUCAAGCCAAUGCAGACCGGCAGAACCAUAUGAUUGAUCUGGAAUCAGGCUUGCAUGAAGAAAGUACAGGGAAGGUUUUGUUACAUGGCCAUUCUGAAGAUGGUUCCUUUUCUUACACAAAUCAAGACCAAAGUGAGCUGCUUCCAUCUUUCUUCAAGGAUCAGGUAGUUUUGCCCUAUCAUAGUGAGCAGAAACAGGAUGGGCUAGAUUUCCAGGCCCCGAAGAAUGUGUUGAUGGAAGAUGGUGAUUUUAAUGGGCAAUUUCAAGGGCAGUUGCGACCAUCGCUACCUCUAGAAGAGGGCCAAAAGAGGCAGGAUGAGGUUUUUGUGCAACAAAACAUGUCCGGAAACAUUUACUCUGAUGGAUCUCGGGGUAGAUACUUGCCCCCAAGGCAAGAACAUUUGCCUUCUGGGAAUAUGCAGGAUUGGGGUAUGAAUCCUGCCCACAUGUCAGCGCCCUUUCAACAUCAGUUGAAUGGUGGACAAUUGUUGAAUCAGAGCUGGUUUACUGGAGAGCAUCAAGCUGAAGCUGGUGGAGGAUGGGCUGGUUCAGAUGGAUUUAGUGGACCUAGUGAGAGUAUUGCGAUUUCAAGGGAAAGCAAUACGGAUCAGAGUCUAUUUAGUGUCGUAUCUCAAUGUAACCAACUUGGUUCAAGAAACCCUUAUCGAUCAAUGGGCUCUACCGAGCAUUUAAUUCAACAGAGGAGCAAUGGAAUAAAUGAAAAUAGUAUGGAGCAAGCAGGUGGCUAUCCACUGGAUUAUUUAGGGGUUCCUGAUGCCAGUAUGAUGGUGAUGGGUGAUGAAAUGGGAAGGAUGAGCAUGGCACAUCAGAAUGCUGUUGCUGCUUUGCAUGAUGAUCAAUUGGCAAUGGGGAAACCGUAUUUGAGGUCAUGGAACCAACAAAGAUAGUGGGUGAGCUGAUGCGAUAUCAUCUUGCUGAAUUGCAAACUUCAUGUGAUGCUUCCUUCUUAAAUUAUAUUUAUUUGGGAAGUAGAAGAGAGUUGUAGGUUACUAUUUGCUAUUACAACUCUGCAUAUUUGCAGGAGCGGAGUAUACAAUACAAGGACUCUGAGAUGAUUAAGAUAGGGUUUUGUUUUCCUUUUGUACAUACCUAUGAGAUCCUAGUACUAUAUAUAUAUAUACUGCUACUUCAUUAAACAAUGAUAAAUUUUGAUUUAGAUGGGAA